AUGUCAAAGAAGGGUGCCAGCUUUCGAGCUAAAGGAGAAAGACCCGACGCCCUAGCUGCCUUGCAAGCUGCCAAUGAAGAGCUCAGGGCAAAACUCACAGACAUUCAAAUAGAGCUCCAGCAAGAAAAGAGUAAGGUCAGCAAGUUGGAGAGAGAAAAAAAUCAGGAAGUUAAGCAGAUCAAAGAACACGAACUGCAUAAAAACAUAGUGAUUGUAACAGAACUCAAGGCUAAACUUCAUGAAGAAAAAAUGAAGGAGCUCCAGGCUGUUAGAGAAGGACUUUUAAGACAGCAUGAAGCCGAGCUCCUAAGAGUCAUAAAAAUUAAAGAUAAUGAAAUCCAGAGACUACAGGCCUUACUAACUACUGUGCGGGAUGGGACACCCGAUAAGGUUAAGACAGCACUUUUCUCUGAAGCAAAAGAGGAGGCCAAGAAAGGAUUUGAAGUGGAGAAAACCAAAAUGCAACAAGAAAUUUCAGAGCUCAAGGGAGCUAAAAGACAAGUGGAAGAAGCUUUAUCUGUGGCCAUUCACGCUGACAAAAUUAAAGCAGCAGAGAUACGGAGUGUGUAUCACCUACACCAGGAAGAAAUCACCCGAAUAAAGCGAGAAUGUGAGCGGGAAAUUCGCAGGCUGAUGGAGGAGAUCAAAUUUAAAGACAGAGCAGUCUACGUGCUGGAAAGAGAGUUAGGGGUUCAAGCCGGGCAUGCUCAGAGACUUCAGCUCCAAAAGGAGGCUUUAGAUGAACAACUUUCCCAGCUCAGAGAGGCUGACCGGCAUCUGAGCAGCCCCAAGCGGGAACUUCCUCAUGCAAGUGGUGCAGGAGACACUUCAGAACAAUCAGGAAGUCCUGAACAGCAGUUAGAUGAAAGGGAUGCCCGGCGUUUCCAACUGAAAAUAGCUGAACUAAGUGCAAUCAUCAGGAAACUGGAAGACCGAAAUGCUUUAUUGUCGGAGGAACGGAAUGAGCUUCUGAAACGUCUAAGAGAAGCAGAAAGUCAGUACAAACCGCUGCUAGACAAAAACAGGCGCCUAAGUAGGAAGAAUGAGGAUUUGUCCCAUGCCUUGCGUCGUAUGGAGAAUAAAUUAAAAUUUGUUACACAGGAGAAUUUAGAAAUGAGGCAAAGGGUGAGGAUAAUACGGAGGCCAAGCUCUUUGAAUGACCUUGAUCACAGUCAAGAUGAUAGAGAAGUUGACUUUCUUAGGCUACAAAUUAUGGAACAGCAAAACCUCAUAGAUGAACUUUCAAAGGAACGCGAUAAGCUGUUAAGGUACAGGAAACAAAAGAAGAAAUUUGCAAAAUUUCCCAAGAAGCCAGUGGUAGAGACAUUUUUUGGGUAUGAUGAAGAAGCUUCCCUUGAAUCCGAUGGCUCUUCUAUCUCAUAUCAAACUGACCGAACAGAUCAGACGCCCUGCACACCUGAUGAUGACUUGGAAGAGGGCAUGGCAAAAGAAGAAACAGAACUGAGAUUCCGGCAGUUGACCAUGGAAUAUCAGGCCUUACAGAGGGCGUAUGCUCUGUUGCAAGAACAGGUUGGAGGAACGUUGGAUGCAGAACGAGAAGUUAAGACUCGUGAGCAGCUUCAAGCAGAAAUCCACCGAUCCCAAACUCAAAUAGAAGAUCUAGAAAAAGCACUUGCUGAGCAAGGACAGGACAUGAAGUGGAUUGAUGAAAAGCAGGCAUUGUACAGAAGAAACCAGGAACUUGUCGACAAGAUAAAACAAAUGGAGAUAGAAGAGGCUCGGUUAAAACAUGAUGUUCAGGAUGCGAAAGAUCAAAAUGAGCUCUUGGAAUUUAGGAUAUUAGAACUCGAAGUAAGUAUAUGCUGCAGGUUUUCAAACUGA